GUGAUUGUUGUUCUUCCUGCCUGGCGGAGGGAACGGACGGUGCUGAGCUUGACGGCUGGGAGGACGAGCGGAUCGACAAGAAAGCAUUAGGAAGAGAAAAAAGAGAGGGAAAGACCGAGGGUUCCACCGUCCAUAGGGAAAAGCCACCCAUAGUUUGCAAUUGUUUAAUUUGUAAUCAAAUUCGGUUAAAAUGUCGACCAGUCGUCAGCUUAGCGAGAGCAGGGCCAUUCCUACUAGGACGGUGUUGAUUAACGAUACAACGCAGCUACCUCAUGACUAUUGCACCACUCCUGGAGGCACUUUAUUUUCAACCACUCCGGGAGGCACUCGAAUAAUCUACGACCGUAAAUUCCUACUGGACCGUCGUAAUUCCCCCAUUGCCCAAACUCCCCCGGCCCAUCUGCCUGUUAUCCCGGGGGUGACCAGCCAAAAUGUCCUGAGUGAGAACAGAAAGAAUGAAGCAAAUAACCAUAUCAAGAACCAUGAUGGCAAGCCAGCCAAUGGUGAAGACUCUCAGUUCGAGAUGGACAUCUGAAGCUGAGGAACCAGACCAGAACAAGAAAAUGACCUGGCACUUGUGCUAGUGGCUUGGCUUUUAAAAACACAUGUUGUGAGCCCCUCACAGCAGCCUUCAUCUUUAGCUCUCUGUCUUGCUGCUGGUUGUGAUACGUGUAAACAAUAAGAAUAUAGUACAGUGUGCUGUACAUUAGGGCCAACUCUGGAAACGGUUAAAGGUUAGGUUUCUGGGUUUCAAGAAGUUGUAUUUAUCAACCCAACUAUAAGGGUCUGAAUUUAAAGUACCUGCCUACUGUCCAAAUUAACAAUUGUUUUUCCCAAGUCUAAACUUAUUGUCAUAACCAUUAUGUCACUCAGAAUCUUUACCAGAGCACACUGUAAAACUGACCACUUAAGAUAUGGAAUAGCCCUCCGGACCCAUACAAAACUAUACUUUGGAUAACAAAGUACUGGCCUUAGAAUCAGGAUUAGUGUGUACUGCAAUUUUUAUCAUUCACUGAUGAUCUUCUUUAACAAAUAUUGUUUGGGUGUAAUCUUUUGCUAUAGAAAUACUUGAAUUGCUCCAAGAUAACUUAGUUACUUCAAGUUAUUCAGUCAGAUAAGUUACCAGUGAAGCUUACAAAAUAAAAAGGGAUGCUGUGAUUGAAAUUUAGUUUUUUUCAAAUAAGAUGAAAAUUCUAUAGUCAUUCCAAACCUUCAAUAGUUGAUAACACAGUAUAUGUAAAACAGUAUUUUUAUUUAAUUUAUUUUUUUACAUUUUCUUUUGUAAAAUAAUCUUUAAUCAAUAACCUUUUAAUUUAGUUGAUGGUGAUUAAAUAUUUUGGGACUGCAGGCAUUUCAACAUAAUCUGCAAAUGGCCUUCCAUUUAGAUUUUCUUAUGUUAAUUAUUAGUUAUCGUGAAAGUUAUGUUUGAUCAGGCACUUAUCUCCAAUACCUCUCCAGUAGCAUAUGAUUAAAAAAGGUUGCUAACAUUGACUUUACAGCAGGAAAUUCAAUAGUAAUGUUUUGGACCUGCUGAUAUCCUUUACAUUUUCAUUUAAAGACUGCGAUUUCUUUUGAUGAUCCAUUUUGCACCUAUGUUACAGAUAAAAGAUAACAUUUUACAAAAGUCAGGUGUUUUGGAAUACUUUUGUGUAAUUGAUUGGAAUAUUUUCAUUUUCCAUUUACAUCUGAGAGAACCAUGGAGAGGAGACCACAAAUGACUACAGAAAUGGUGUAGAUCCUAACAAUAUUUUUUGAAUGAGAUUCCAUGAGAUGUUUUGAAAAGUUGAAACUUAAAGUGUUUUCUAUGCAUUUUAUUUUUCAAUAACUUAAUUUUGCAGACCAGUUUCUCAAAAUAACAAAAGCUGAAUCAGGAUACAUUAACCCUUGUGUUAUCUUCGGGUCAUUCUGACCCAUCAGUCAUUGUGACCCACCGUCGUAUUGCGACAACUUUACCGCAUACAAAAACAAAGUGAAGCAUUUUCUUUUAACCGUUGGGCUGUCUCAGACCCCCCACAUUGCGAAGGUUAAAAGAAAAUUAUUUUUAUUUGUUUUUGUAUUGGGUAAAAUUGGGUAAACACAACGAUGGUUCGUUAUGAACCUUUGGGUCAUGUGACCCGAAGGCAGCACGAGGGUUAAGGACUGUUUGUUCCCCACAACCUGUGAGACUGCCUCCUAGUGCAUUACAGAUUAAGAAGUGCAUGUGUAGACAAGAAUAAGUCUGUAUGAGGGAAUUUCUAUCCCGUCUGGAUUUACCUCUAGUCCCUGCUCACGUUUCCUCUAAAAGAUCAAAUAAUCUGCUGUAAUUUACAUCCUAUAGGCAUAGCCAAUUCAAUCUAUCAGAAAUGUGAUACUGGAUAACUACACAUAUAUCCCCACUGUGCUAUAACUAUUCUCUUUAAUACUUUACUAAAUCAUUAGUGUCAAGUCUCUCUACCCAUGCCUUACAUACAGUAAACAGAAUGUUGGAGUGGACAUUUAUUUUCUUUUUUGUCAAAUCUCUUCAACAUAAAUAUUUAUUUUUAAAUGACUAAGUCAAUACUAUAUUAUGAAUUUGUGAAGAUUUAUUUUUUGAAAACUGUAUUGUUUUAGAUUUUUCUCUUUUAGCAGCUGGAAGAUUUCCACUUUCCACCAUGCAAGGGUUUAAUGUUAUUAUUUUACAACCGGUUUCAAGUUGGGUGAAACAUGAGAGCUUACUGUUCAAGUGUCCAUCAAGUGCUCAAACUGAUUAAGAAGACAUAUUUCCUAACCAUAAUCAUAGUUCUCUGCUGAUUGUAUUUUGUCAUUAUAACAGCUAAAUUGUCAACAAGCAAUCCAUGGAUGCAACAUACAUUUCAUAGAUUUGUUUUAUGAGUUACUGAUACAUUGUAUUCAGAUUGUUUGAAGUGAAACAUUGUGUGUCAAAGCCUCAUGACUUACAAUUGGAAUGGACAAUGUCAUGCUAAGCAUUUGUAAAUACUUAGCAUUGCACUUUUAUACGUUUGAUUGUUUUGUUCUGAAGGCAUCCAAGUUUGAAUUGGAAACCCACUUUAGGCCAGCGGUUUGCAUAGAGGGCUAACAUUUGUUGCACAAUAAGAUAUGAAAUAAACUUGACUUCAGUUCUGAAUCAAAUUAAUGCAUUAAUGUUCAGAGAAACGUCAAUGCCAGAGGACACUGUUACAGAUAAAUAAAGUUCCUUAAUGUGGAGGACUUCA